AUGUGGUCAUAUUUUUUUGGUGGGUCAGCAGCAAGCAAAAGUAAAAGUAAGGAGUUACCAAAGAAGGCUAUUGUAGAAUUAAGAGAGCAUAUUAAUCUAUUGAACAAGAAACAAUCGCAUUUGCAAUCUCAGAUCAAUAACCAAGUGAUAGAGGCUAAAAAAUUUCUUAAUAGUGGUAACAAAGUUCAAGCUAAAAAUGCAUUAAAAAAGAAAAAAAUAUACGAAUCACAAUUAGAAAAACUAGAAAAUACCAUAGGUUCCUUGGAACAACAGUUAUUCUCCAUCGAAAAUGCUAACUUGAACCUAGAGACAAUGAAGGCCAUGAAACAAGGGUCUAUGGCAAUGAAAGCUAUACAUAACGGGUUAGAUAUAGAUAAAGUUGAAGAUACUAUGGAUGAAGUGAGGGAACAAGUUGAAUUGGGCGACGAGAUUAGUGAGGCUAUUGCUAGACCAUUAUACGUAAGCUCCACUGAUUUGAUAGAUGAUGAAGAAUUAGACGAAGAAUUAGAUAUGUUGGCUGAAGAAUCACAAGAACAAAUUAAUGAAACUUUGAUUGAUGUUAAAAAGCCUGCUGUCGCAGUACCUGCAUCACAAGCUAAGAUCGACUUGCCUAAUGUGCCUAAUGCAGAAAUUAAAAAUCCUGUAACAUCUAGUAACGACAUGAUUAAUGAUGAGGAAGAAGAUGAAGACGAACGUGCAUUAAGAGAAUUACAAGCAGAAAUGGGUUUAUGA